CCUUCAGAUCCCAUCCGCCAUUACUUAGUAAUUUUAAAGUUCUAUUGAAUACAGUGAAAAAAAUCCGUAAUUAAUACAAUAUGGCAUAUUUAUCGAUGAAUGGGAAAAGUAGCUCGGUUUUAAAAGACUAUAAAGCGUCUACGACAGUGUAAAUAAACCUGUGCAUAGACAAUUUAAAGCUAUACUUAAUUUUCGUAAAAAAACAGAUGCUAAUAUCAAAAUUACACAUAAAUAUUAAUUAUUUUAAGUGUGGUUUAAAUAUAAUUUGAAUGUAAAAAUGAGUACAAAUCCUGAAGAUGAAAAGGAUUCUCCGAAAGCAGUUCCUUUGGAUUUAGCCCGAAGUAUUACCAAUGUUAGGACUCUAGAAGGAAAAACUCCUAUUGUAAUGACUAACCAGUCUCUAAGGGGCAUGAGAGUUUUAACUCAAGGAGUUCCUAGCUGUAAUCCUUCUUCUCUUGGUGGUCCUACCAUAAUUACAACAAAUUUGGUGUCACAGGCAGUUCUAAAGCAAGACUCUAGACCACAAAUUGCAAAUCUAAUAUCAGCCAAUACUUCACAACCCCAAGUAUCAAGCAAUUUGGCAAGACCAACACAGAUUACACUUUCCACUGCUCCCCAAACAAUAGGAACUUCUUACCAUGUUCCCAGAGGACCUGCUGUUGUAGCGAAUCUUGCUGCUCCUAGAAGUAAUGUCACUACAGUUAGAACUCCAAUGGUGGUUACGGCUCAAGGAAGUCAGUCUCACAGUUUUGUAAGACCUCCCAGAACUCCUAGUCCUGCUUCCGGAACAGCAUGGUUGACAAACAGUUCUACAGGAUCACAAAUCAAGGGUGCCCCUACCGUAUUAAGUUCACCUGUUCGUGGUGCUACAGUUACAGGAAAACCGGCUGUUAUUGGCAGAACCCAGCCACAGGCUACAAUACGUCCAGGAACUAUUUUACAAAAUGCUAUUUCAAUUGGACAAACUGGUCAGAUUCAUUCUUUCAAAGCUGGUGCUGCAGGUAUACAGACUUUGGGCAGUGCUGUCACUAUAGCACAAGUGAUCCCUUCUCGUACUCAAGCUGUUGUUUACAGUGCUAGUUCAACUCCGCAAUUUACCCCCGCAAGAAUAACUGUUGCUACUACAACUUCCACACCGAGACCCACUCAGCCCAGAUCUCUGAACCAAGUAACAACAGCUCGCUUGACUGUACCCGUAAAUGUAUCCCAGUCUGGCACGCGAUUAGUCACUCCUCAAGCCACUGUACUCAGUUCUGGUGCCAGAAUAUCCGCUGUUAGCGCAUCUCAGCCAACAUCAACGCUUGGAACCACGACUAGAAUAGUGACUACUCAACCAAAUUUAUCAAUCGGACGACUGUCUGUAGCUACGGCAACUCCCAGUGCCGUUUCUACUGGCAACUUUUUGGGUCAGACGAAGAUAUCGACGUUGAAUAUACAUUCUUUGGUAGCUGUGGCUAAUACUAACAGUCAACAAGGAAGAGCGAACAUACCCAAUCAAGGGCCUAAAGUUAUUACCCAACCAGCUCAAGUUCAAUUGACACCAUUAUCGACACAAAUAAAAACAACACCCAGUAUUGUUACAACUGGUACAAGAACAAUUAGCGUACCAGCAGCUAUAGUCACUCAGCAGAGACAAGCAACUCUGGUACCCUCUCAAGCCAUAUCGAUAGCCAAAGUUUUUCCUCAGUCUGAGAAUCCUGUGUCAGUGAGUGCUCCAACGAAUGUGUUCAUUCACACACCUGUACAGUCAACAAGACAUUCUUCCCCAAGUCCAAACCCAAAUUCUUGCAUUACGCAAACUAGCAGUGCCAUACCGACCACGACAGUAGCUACAUAUUCUCUGGCUAGUGGAGCAUAUUUCUAUGACAAUGGACCAAAUGCUUAUCCAGUGCAGAAUAGAAGUUUUGGUCAACAGCAAGCUUCCUUUUCAUCGUUAAAUCAAACUACUCAACCGCAUAUUAGACCAGCGGUGAAUACCCAAGUACAUGGCAUAGUAUCGAAUCAACAUAUGCGUUUAAAUUCAGUCAUGGUAGUAGAUCAGAGUCGUGGCAGUUCACAAAUCCAUUCUCAAGUCACAGAACAACAGCAACCGCCGCAACAGAUUACUGAACAAAUCCAGCAACAACUGCAUCCGGUGGCAACUACGAAGAUUUCGUCUUCGCCAAGACCCAGUAUCUUGAGAAAGCGAGACCAUGAAGGAUCGCCGCUUAAAGCAGCUAAAAAUCUGGUACCCAUUCUGGCCAGUUUACCUUCGCAACCUCAAGUCGGUUCACAAGCGCAUAAUUUGCCGCCUAAUAUGCCGCCUGCCUCGCCACCAUCACGACCUGAUUCUCGCGGCAAUGGACAUAGUUCAGGUGGUAGUACUACAAUAUCGGCAACAUCGAGUCCUGGUUUAGCAGAAGUUAACGAAGACAGUAACCAUGGAAUAAUCAAUAGUAAAGAAGAAGAAGAAACUAAACCCCCCAUGGAAAUGAGCCCUAGAAAAAAGCCAAGAAAACAACAACUAACGGGCAAUGAUUUAGACGAAAACAAAGACGAUAUGCAGUUUAUUUCCGAUCAUCCUAUCAAAAAAGAGGACGACUCUGAUAUGAAUCAAUCAGACGAACCCAAAGAUGGAGCUCCAGAAGCGGGUCAGGUGACGACUGUCAGGAAACCAGCUUCAGCAAGUCUUCUCAAUAGUUAUAAGCAAAAUUGGAAGGCGACACACAAUCACUACUUGAGGCAUUCUGAUGUAAAACCUAAAGAUGAAAGAAGGCCCACUAUUAUGGAUUUGGCAAAUCAACAUCGGGUACAGGAUAAAGUGAAUGGGUGGAAAAUCCAUCAUCUUUCCACGCAAAUGGAAGAUUUGGCUAAUCAAGAACAAACUGUUUACAAUCAAUUGAAUGAACUACUGAAAUGUACUGAAUCUGAAGAAGCCUGUAAACAAUUCGACAAGGAGAUUAAUCGAAUAAAUGAACUGAUAAAGGGUAAUCUGCAAAGAAUCAAAAUUAUAAACGACGGUAUGACAGAAGCGAAAACGUCGAUCAUGAGAAUAUUUGAGCAUAAAGUCCAUGUAACGGACAUCAUCAACCGAUGUGCCAGUAAACGUAAUUUUAAGAAAAGAGAGAAAUCUUGAAAGAUGUGAUUUUAGUUGAUUUCAAAAUGUGUAAUAUUUUUAGAUCGUAAGUUUCAAUGUAAUUUUUUAUAUUGCCGACAAUUAAUGUUUUUAUAAUGAUUUAUAAGAUAUGAUGAUUGAGUUUAUUUAUUUAUUAAGUGUAAAGAAUAUGCAAAUGAAGUGUGUUUAAAUGUUUGACAUUUUUGCAGGAUUGAGGGAGAUGUUGGAAAAUCAAAAAGGUGCUAGUAAUAUAAUAAAAUUGUAAAAAUGUAUUUCUACACUUGUUCAAAAAGAUUUGACUUUUGGAUAUCUCCGCAAUAAAUGUAAUAACAAAACUUUUCGCAAAAGCUGUAUCACACUUAUUAUUUGAUGCUAUUUGAUGGAAAUUAUUUUAUAAAUAAAACAAUGAAUACUA